AUGAGGCACCAUGGUUGGCUCAAGGCCCAAGCCUCAGGCCGGACUUCUGGCCGUUUCCAGUCACUGAGUCCUCCCCCAUUUCUUUCAUCAGUGUCCAAGGCACAUCAGGACCCCAGGGGGUUGGGCACGCAGGCCGAGUCCUGGAACGGCGUCCGGGUGACCCUGGAGGACCAGGCGCUGUGGCAGAAGUUUCACCAGAUCGGCACUGAGAUGAUCAUCACCAAAGCGGGCAGGAGAAUGUUCCCUCAGUGCAAGAUCAGUGUGUCAGGCCUGCUGCCCUUCUCCAGAUACAUGAUCAUGGUGGACCUCGUGCCUGCUGACGGUAUGCGCUACAAGUGGUACAAGGAUCAGUGGGGUGUGGCCGGCAAGUCAGAACCACAGCCACCCUGCGUCACCUACAUCCACCCCGAUUCUCCGGCCCUGGGUAGCCACUGGAUGAAGCAGCCCGUUCACUUCCGCAAACUGAAGCUCACUAACAACACGCUCGAUCAGUCUGGACACAUUAUGUUGCACUCUAUGCACCGUUACCAGCCCCGCUUCCACAUCGUACAGGAGGAGAAUCCCUUCGGGGUUCGAUGGAGCAUCUCCCAAACCUUCACCUUCCCGGAGACUGUCUUCAUGGCAGUGACGGCAUACCAGAACGAGAAGAUUACCAAACUGAAGAUUGACCACAAUCCUUUUGCCAAAGGAUUCAGAGAGGCUGGAUUUAACAAUAAAAGGUAA